AUGACUAUCGUUACGCGUGCAUACACAGAACGAGUCCAUCCUCGCAGCCAUGGUCAGCUGUCCCAAGACGCCGGAAAUACCGAGCUACUAUCGCUUCUGGAUGCCACGUGUGUUAAUUUCUCACCGACAAGCGCUGUGUGGUUUUUGGAGCCGCCUAGAAACGGCAAAUCUAAUACCGUGGAUUUGAUCAAGCAUCUUCGCGACGCAUUACUAUCUACUUUGGAAGCGUAUCCGCAAUUUUGCGGUCAUUUGAAAACCGUGCCUUACCGUCCAGAUGAGGGCACGUCGCAUAGACAACGCUUUGGGAGACUGUGUAUAAGCUACGGAAGUUCUCGCGACCCAGGGCUUGAAUUGGUCAUUGCGGAGAGUACAAUGUCUCUCGAAGAUCUUGUACCCGACAGCAAACGUGAUGUGGCUUUGCGGGACAUGCAUCAGAUCCCAUUCGAAAGCUUCGUCCCGCAUACGGAGCUAGAAUCGCCGUUUACGCCAGAUGAAGAUGCUGUCAACCCAGCUGUCGCUAUUCAAUUGACUAAACUUAUCUGUGGAGGCACGGUCGCGGCUAUUAAGAUGGUCCAUGCAUUCGGCGAUGCGCACAGUAUGGCGUAUUUUGCAAAGGACUGGGCUCUAGUCAGCCAAGCUAUGUCCAAGAAUUCGCUUCUUCCUUCCCUCUCGCCAGUCUUCCAGCCAUCACUCCUCGACAAGCAGGCAGCCGGGAAUAUUGAUAAACCCGACGCAGACGAUACGCUUUUGAGAAAAGCAAUAGGUCUCCCUUUUCACCGCUACGACUGGUGGACACCUUCGGAAUGUUGCCCAUGGCCUACUGAGGUACCGGAACCCUUCAAAUCCCAGCCGCUCAAACCAGCUGGAAAUCCAAUGCCCUGGGGGCAAUGGGAUGUAGAUGCCCCUGUCUCCCACUAUAAGAUUCACCUCAGCGCGGACCAGAUCCAGCAAAUAUGGGAAACUGCAUCAGUCAAUGGCUUACAUCGAAUCAGCCACCACGACGCGGUUGUCGCGCAUCUCUGGUCUUGUGUUAACCGGGCGCGGAACCUCGAGCUCAACACAGACGAUAAUCUGGUUUACUGCAAUCUGGUGUAUGGUGUGCGUGAGCGCAUGUCACUUGGGAAAAGCUUCAUUGGCUCACCUAUCGUCAUGAUUAAUGUGGCUAUGAAUGUUGCAGAGGCGUGCCAAACCGAUCUGACAUACUUGGCCACCGCAAUCCGUUCGACGGUCACAAAAGUUAGACCUGAAGAUCUCCAAAACCACCUUCACGCUGUUGCAUAUGAAGAUGCCCCCCAGCGUCUCUGGCAAGGCUUUCUAGGCGAAAAGCAUAUCAUGGUAACAUCCUGGGUCCAAACCCCAGUGUACGCUGUGGAUUUCGGACUCGGAUUGACACCACGAUAUGUAGAAGGCGUCGUAGCGGCCAUGGAUGGAGUAAUCCAGUUGAAACAGGCACCUCCAUCCAUCAAGGAGACCAACCUUGAAAUUUCUGAGAAAUUGAAGUCUUGGUAUCAUAGUGGUGUUGACAUUUCUGUCAAUUUGCGGACUGACGUUAUGGAAAAACUGAUAAAAGACCCGCUGCUAUUUCCCUCAAAGGUCUAA